AUGUCUAACGUCUAUGAAGCAAUCAAACUGCUUGAUUCAAAAGAGGAAAGAACUGCACUACGAGCCCUCUUUACUAAAGAUUUAGAAAUAGAAGCUAGAGCAAGACGUGUCCUUCCUAUAUGUGAGGAUAAUGGAGAGAUAGUUGCUUAUUUCAAAGAACUCUUAAAGCCUGGAAUAGAAGGCUUGAAAACUGAUGAGAAAAUAUGGAUCCGUUAUAAUGAUGAACGCGUCUUUAUCAAACAAAGUGUCUUGGAAGGUAUGGCGGUAUAUAAUGUGAAAGAUCUGAAAAGAACAAUAAUAGCUCGAUUUAAACUAUCAGAAAAUGUCACUAUUCGUAGCGAAAGUGAUAACUUAGAGGACAGUAAACCUGUUAUUGAAUUAUUCAAUACAGAAGAUAAUGCAUAUGAGAUUAUAGUCGAAGAAAAUGGUAAUAUUGAAGUAAAAUGUAUUGAAAAUGCAUUUCAUAUCAAUUACCAAGGGUCAGCUCUUGACACUUUCUACAGGCAGUUAAUACUUUUCCAUGAUGAAUGGCAUUUUGUAAAGAACUUAUUUGAUAAAGAUUCACUGAUCUCAGUCGUUUAUUGCAUUGAUGAAGCACACGAGUUGCUUGAAAGGACAUCAAUUACUAAUGAUGAGACCUACUUUCACAAAUGGAAAAAUCAGCAAUUUCCUUCCCCAGAGAUUAAAGACACUUAUUCUGCCAGAAUGCACGAAUAUUUUUUAUUUCCUGCGUAUUUGGAUGUUCAUACCAUAGACGUGUUAUCAAGAAUUGCGCCACCUGGAAAUUUUUAUGAUCCACAAAGGGCAUUAUAUUUAGGAAUUCCUCUAUGGGGAUCUCUUGCUCAAGCUGGAGUUGAUCUCACCAAUGUUCUACAUCUGGCUUCACAAAAAAUUCGCAAUUUUAAUAAAAAACAAGAAAAAGAUAAUCUCGCUAAUCUUGCAUACAUGUCCUGUUCCUUUACUCUUGAAGUUUGCCCUCAAAUGGCAAAGGUAGAAAUGUUGAUAGUAUCUCAUAUGGCAACUACUAUAGGCGUAUCAGAUGAUCAUACAGACCUUCUUUGCACAUAUCCUUCUGAUCCUAUCCUUACAUCUGGUGCAUUAAAAGGAAUCAUCGAAGUUGGUUUUGAAGAUUGUUUGGACACACUGUUGGAACAGUUCAGCCGUGGAGUAGUUGAGGCAGGAGAAAAAGGAGAGCUUGUCAGUCGCAUCUUGUUCCUAGAAGCAUAUAUUCGUACUGUGAAAAUAAAUCAGACACCACCAUUUACAUACUUGGAAAAGGUUCCCUUAUUAUUAUUUUUAAAAGUUCUCUGUAAAGGAAUUGAUGAAAAAAUUGAUGAUCUUUUUGAAAAGAUGCAUAUAGAUAAGGUAGAAAUUGGUUUUAACCACUGGACAUCUUUGUUAGCUUCAAAUAAACAAUAUAUGAAAGAAGGGGAACAGAAAUAUUUAUCAGAAAACCUUAUCUGA